CUUGUUAUAUUAUGAAACAUAAAAUGAGGCCCAUGGCUGAGGGGCUUCUUGUGGCAACCUGGGUUGCCCCUUCGAGUGCCCACUGGAGGGCCACAAGAAGCAGCCAGCUUGGGCCAGCCCAAUUCUCAUAUCUUGUGGCCUUUUGUCGUUUUGUCUGUUGCUGUCUUUUUUGCACGACUUGAUCCAGACCAUUGGCGUUGCUUUUACUGAUGCAAUUUGAGCCAUUCAUUUCAUUUAUAUCUCGCCUCGAGAUUGCUGUUUUCUAAUCGCAUUGAAGACGAUUUUGAUUGAGGGGGUUUGUAGAGGGUCGGUCAUUUUUAGGGUUAUUUCUUUAUGCUCUCUCUCUCGUUCUCUCUCUGUAAAUAUUGUAUAGAUCAUCUUCUGUAAGGGUUCCUGAUUUUGUUUUUGUUUAAGGUAAGCACCUAAUCUGUAAGUGAUUUCGUGGCUUAUUGUGUAGAAAAUCAGGGUUGUUUGUUAUUGUUUUUACGCUGUAAUCAGAUUGAAUCUAUAGUGGAGUGAACUCUUCUCACCGGAGCUCAAGUGGACGUAACCCUAUUUUUGGAUGAACCACUAUAAAAUCUCGUGCCUUCUGUCUCUUGUUUAUGUUUCAAAUACUGUCAAUAUUGUUUCUGUGUUUAUCGGUCAAUUCAUGCGAGUUCAUCUAUGGAGAUUUUGAACUAUGUGUGUGCAUUUGGAGAUUUUGCUAUCUCUUUUUGAUUGUAACACAUAUGUUCCUUAAUUCUAUCUCUCUCUCUCUCUUUCUUUUAUUUUCUUUGGCUAUUGAAUCAAGAUAUGAGUUCGAAUGCUACCAACCUAGAUAGAAUACAGAAAGAAAGAAAGAAGAAUAUUCUUUUCUUCUUCUUCUUAAUAUCCAGACGCACACAUAAAACACAUAUAGCUACCUCUUUGAAAUCUAAUUUCACAGGACAAGAGGAAAUUGAUUAUGACAAACAUGAUGGCGGAUGCAUGUGGGGGGAAGAUUGUUGAAUUGCUUGCAGAAGGCGUGAUUAAUUAUGUCAAGCGCCAUGGGGCCUAUGUGAUUCGAUACAGGAACAAGGUCCAGCUACUCGAACAAGAAAAUAUGAGGCUCGGUGAAAAAAAGAGAGAAUCCAAGGAAUGGUGGAUAGAGCCACAAACAAUGGGAAAGCCGUUGAGACUGAGGUCUCCAGUUGGCUAAAGGACGCAGAAGACAUGAAGGGGACAUCGCCAACAUCCUGCAUCCACAAGAAAAUAGAGAAUCCUUCAAGUGUUUUAAGGGCUGCAUGUGUCCCAACUUAAUGUGGCGUCACAAGAGGGGUAAGGAUGCUGACGACAGGAAGUCGGAGGUCACUAAACUGAUAAAUAGGAGUGAGCUGCUAGAGACGUCACCAGUGUCACACGAUGCACCUUUCCAAUGGGAGCCGCACUUUGAUUCUUCUCAGUAUUACACCAAGUUUGACUCAAGAGCUUCAGUUUUUGAUAAAAUCAUGGAAGCUUUGAAGGAUUCUAGGAUUGACAUGAUUGGGGUCCAUGGGCCUGGUGGUGUUGGGAAGACGACGAUGGUGAAAGAGGUUGCCAAGGAAGCUAAGAACCGAGGAAUUUUUGAAAAGAUUGUGUUGGCAGUUGUGUCUAACGAUCCAAACACCUCAAAACUUCAAGGAGAUCUUUUACUCCAAUUGGAUAUUAAUUAUAAACAAACAAGUGAGUUAGGAAGAGCGGAUGUGCUACGAAAGGCACUGUCAAACGGGAAGAGAAAGAUACUGGUAAUAUUGGAUGACCUUUGGCAAGUGCUAGACUUGAAUGAAUUUGGAAUUCCUAUUUCAGGCCUUGGCGACAGAGGUUGCAAAAUUUUGCUAACCUCUCGUAGAGAAGAGGAAUUCAAAGGGAUGGAGGUUCGUUUAUAUUUUCGCAUUGGGUACUUGGAGGAGCGAGAAGCAUGGGAGUUGUUUAAGAAGGUGACAGGAGAUUUUGGAGUCAAUGAAUCGAUAGCAAGAAAGGUGAACAAGAGAUGUGGAGGUCUGCCUCUUGCUAUAGUUGCAGUUGGAGCUACAUUAAAGGACGAGGAAGAGUUUGAGUGGUGCAAUGCACUUCAGCAAUUAGAGAAUUCCCCUCUAAAAUACAUUGAAGGAAUUGAUCGAGCGAGUUAUACCCCCUUGAAGUUGAGCUAUGAUUUUCUAAAAGAAAAGGAUGCAAAGUCGUGCUUCUUGCUCUGCUGUUUGUUCCCCGAAGAUGCUGAUAUUUCUAUUGAUGACUUGGUUAAAUAUAGCUUUGCCUUGGGGUUCCUUAGAAAGGUGGAUACGUUGAAAGCUGCAAGAUAUAGAGUGCAAGCCUUGGUUAAAAUGCUGAGAAGGUCUUGCUUGUUGCUAAAUGGAAAAAACGAGAAUUUUGUUAAAAUGCAUGAUGUUAUUCGUGACCUUGCAAUUUCUAUCACAGAGGAGAAGCAAACUGAACAUGGCAGUGGUCAUGAUUGGCCAGGGCAGCAACAGUUCGUAGUGGAUCACGAUAUUCGAAGGUGGCCAGGGAAUGAUGCCUGGAAACAUCACACAGCUAUCUCAUUAACGAACAAUGAUGACAACUUUACUUUUCCUUGCAGUGUGCUCGAUUGCCCACUAGUGCAUACCCUUUUGUUGAAGCUUUGGAAAUCUUCUCUUAAAAUACCGAAUGAUUUCUUUCAAGGCAUGAAGAAGGCAAGAGUUUUAGAUUUAAAUGACAUAUUGUUGGCCCUCCCAUCAUCGGUUUUGGAGUUGGAUCAUCUUCGGAUGUUACGUUUAAAAAAUUGCCAAUUAUUGGGAGAUUUGGCUACAAUGCAAAAUUUAAAGAAUCACAUUGAGAUACUUAGCCUUGAGGGAUCUACAAUAAAGGAGUUACCACAAGAGAUUGGAGAAUUGACUCGUUUGCAAUCCUUGAAUCUAAGUGGAUGCGAAAGCCUAAAGGUGAUUCCAAAGGGUGUGAUAUCCAAUUUGAUCCGUCUAGAAGAGUUGUAUGUUGCGUACAACUUUAAGGAAUGGGAUACUAUUAUAGAUGGCGGGAGAAUGAGUAAUGCGAGCAUUGUUGAGCUGAAAUUAUUGACACAAUUAAUAGUUUUAUAUAUUAGAAUUUCAUCAAGAAGUUGCAGGAUUAUGGUACAAGAAUGCCCCGACUUAUUUGAGAAAUUGAUUAAUUUUAAUAUACUUAUAUUUGAUGGCUACAGUUAUUAUAAUCAAUCCUCGAAUGUUUUGAAAAUUUGUGGUAUUCACCAUAUAGAUGAUGAGUUUUGUCUCUUGAUGGACAAAGUUGAUAAGUUGAUAUUGUGGAAAAUUCAAGACUUGAGAUUUCUACCUAGCAAGCCACAACUACAGAUUACACCAAGUGGUGAGGGAUCUUUCAAUAAAUUAACCUGUUUAAACAUUUAUAGUUGUGAUAGGAUUAAAUAUCUCUUUUCUCCGUCCUGCGCUAGAGCACUCCAACAACUCCAAGCACUACAUGUAAGGGAAUGUUGCCAAAUGGAACAAAUAAUUGGAGAUUAUUAUCAUGAAAAGGAAGGUGUCACUGAUGAAGCAAUUAUUUUCAAGCGGUUGACAUAUAUUUGUUUGGAAGAUCUUCCACAAUUUAGAAGCUUCUACCCCAAAAUGGAGAAGACAACAAUUGGGGGAAACCCUUCAAAUUGGACUACAAUAGCAGAAUCUAUCUUUAAUGAAAAGGUUUCUUUUCCUGUCUUAGAGCAAUUGAACAUUUCGAGAUUACCAGUUGAAGAUAUUUGGAACAAGCAGGCGAUCCAAUCCUCAAAAAGAUCAAACAAAGUAUCUUUUUCUCAAUUAGAGGAAGUGGUAAUAAGCUAUUGUGAAAAUCUGGAUUGUCCAAAAAUGAAGACCUUCGCUUCUAGACAACUUUGCUUGCCUCCAAGGAGGAUGCGAGCCAAGGUAGGAGAUGAAGAAGAGGUUGAAAUCAUAGAUCUUAAUGCAUUUUUUGAGUUCAGGAAUGCGGACAGCAACCACAAGAUGAAAGCCAUAUCCUGGGGAGAUGUCUUUGACAACGGUGAAGACGACUUUGAUGAUUAUGGUAAAAAAUACUUUGAUGAUGACAAUUUGACAAAGAUGUACAGGGAGAUAACAGGAAGGUAA